AUGAUUCAUCCAUAUGGCAGGGGAUCGGCAAUCGCACGAAUAGUUGGUUCAACGGUCACCCAGAACAAGAGCGCUUUCGAUGAAACUGUCAAAAUGUGGGUGUUCGAGGAGACUUGGGAAGGACACAAAUUAUCGCAAAUUAUCAACGAACAACACGAAAAUCCCAAAUAUUUACCUGGCAGAAAAAUUCCAGGCAAUGUGGUGGCUGUAACGGAUCUAAUUGAAGCGUGUAAGGACAGCGAUGUAUUAGUUUUCGUAGUGCCACAUCAGUUUCUUUCGGGCGUUUGUAAGCAGUUGAAUGGUCAUCUGAAGGACGGUGCGUUGGCAGUAUCACUCAUCAAGGGUUUGAUGGCAGUUCAUACAAAGGGAGGUAUUCGGUUAGUGUCCGAGGAAAUUCAAGAUGUUCUGCACAUUGAUGUUGCCGUUUUAAUGGGCGCCAAUUUGGCACCUGAAGUUGCGAAUGACAACUUCUGCGAAGCAACAGUAGAAAACUUCCGUAUUAACGUCGUAGAAGAUGCGCAUACAGUGGAACUUUGUGGUGCUUUGAAAAAUAUCGUAGCGUGUGCAGCUGGUAUAACCGAUGGCUUAGGCUUCGGAGAUAAUACGAAAGCAGCCGUUAUUCGUUUGGGUCUUAUGGAGAUAACAAAGUUCGUCGAACACUUCUAUCCAGGCUCAAAUUUGGAGACCUUUUUCGAGAGUUGUGGCAUAGCGGAUUUGAUUACGACUUGUUAUGGUGGUCGAAAUCGUAAAGUGUGUGAGGCGUUUGUGAGAACCGGAAAGCCAUUGAAGGACGUUGAAGAGGAGUUAUUAAAAGGUCAAAGUGCGCAAGGACCAUUGUGCGCUGAAGAAGUUUAUGGGAUGUUGGAGCAUUUUAAAAUGGAGGCGAAGUUUCCAGUGUUUUGUGCAGUUCAUAAGAUUUGUAGUGGUCAGAUGCCACCAGCCGAUUUAGUAGAAUGUCUUCGUCAUCAUCCUGAACAUCAUUAA